UGUAUGCGUUAUACUCCAAUCAUACUAAUUUGUAAAUCGCACCGUUUUGUUCUACACGCAAAAUUUUGCGUAAAUGCAUACACCUUCUAACUCUUUUGUAAUAUGGUUGUCGUUUGUCUGUUUUGGCAUCUGUUGCCGAGUGGGUGUUUGUGUUUGCCUUAGUAUCUGGCAACCCUGGGUUCCAGCCUCCCCAUUGUAGCUUGCGUUGGAUCCACGCUCAGCUGAACCUCCGCAGAAGGUCUCUCAGUUGUAGCCGGUUAGCAUCAUGGCGAACGUUGCGGAUACUAAGCUAUACGACAUCCUCGGAGUUUCGCCAUCUGCAUCAGAAAAUGAACUAAAAAAGGCCUAUCGUAAAUUGGCCAAAGAAUACCAUCCUGACAGGAACCCUGAUGCUGGAGACAAGUUUAAAGAGAUCAGUUUUGCAUAUGAGGUACUCUCAAACCCAGAAAAGAAGGAGCUUUAUGAUCGCUAUGGAGAACAGGGGCUACGGGAGGGAGGAGGAGGAGGAGGCAUGGACGAUAUCUUCUCUCACAUUUUUGGUGGAAGACUGUUUGAUUUCAUGGGGGGACAGAGCAGAGGACGCAAUGGAGGCAAGAGAAGAGGAGAAGAUAUGGUGCACCCUUUGAAAGUUUCUCUUGAAGACCUCUACAAUGGCAAAACUACCAAACUGCAGCUCAGUAAGAAUGUGCUAUGUGGUGCCUGCAAUGGUCAGGGGGGUAAGGCAGGAGCAGUGCAGAAGUGUGUGGCAUGUAGAGGACGAGGUAUGAGAAUCAUGAUCAGACAGCUGGCCCCUGGCAUGGUCCAACAGAUGCAGUCAGUCUGCACAGACUGCAGUGGAGAGGGUGAGGUGAUAAAUGAGAAGGACCGUUGCAAAAAGUGUGAGGGUCAUAAGGUGUGUAAGGAGACUAAGCUUCUGGAGGUCCAUGUUGACAAAGGCAUGAAACACGGACAGAAGAUUACAUUCUCUGGGGAAGCUGACCAAGCACCCGGCAUUGAACCAGGGGAUAUAGUCUUGGUGCUUCAAGAGAAAGACCAUGAGGAGUUCCGGCGUGAUGGCAAUGACCUUCAUAUGGUCCAGCGUAUCGGCUUGGUUGAGGCUCUGUGUGGCUUCCAGAUCACUGUCACACACCUUGAUGGACGUCAGUUGCUUGUCAAAUACCCACCUGGCAAGGUUAUCGAGCCAGGCUCUAUUCGAAUGGUGAAGGGAGAGGGGAUGCCUCACUACAGAAACCCAUUUGAAAAGGGAGACCUUUAUAUCAAGUUUGAUGUCCAGUUUCCUGAAAACAACUGGAUUAGCCCUGAAAAACUCAAUGAACUGGAAUGCUUGCUGCCUGCACGUGCUGAGGAUCCUGUUAUCGGAGCUGAUGUAGAGGAAGUUGACCUGACAGAUUUUGACAAGAAUCAAGGGUUAGGAGGUAGAGCCAGGAGAGAGGCCUACAAUGAUAGUUCAGAUGAGGAGGGGGGUCAUCAUGGCCCAGGGGUGCAGUGCGCACACCAGUAGACUUGUACUAAUGAAGAGAUACACGCAUAAAAACACGAACAUCCCUUUGAGUCUCAUUGGUAACACCGUUCAAGACUUGAUGCACAUACAUGCAUAUUUCUCUCCUUUCAUGAUUCUCAUGAAAAUGAGACAUACACAAACACACACACACAUAUCAGUUCCAUGGUGCCCAUAAGUCAGAGAGAUCCUGGAUGUGCGAUGACCAUUUUCGUCUUUAUGGACAGUAUUGCUGAUCAAAGCCACCGGCAAGUAAGUGGUCUCAUUCUCAAGAGUUCCGCUUACUGAACUUGACUCAGACUUUUCUGUUUUCAUCCUAGGUUUUUACCUUUCACUGUGGGAAAUACCAGUAUAGUGUAGAAAAUGCAAAUGCUGUUGACUGUCUUGUAAAAGGUGUAGUUGAGUCGUACUCACAGGCGCAUGCUGCUGCUUGCUGAAGAUCUUGCAUAUGUAGAUCCAGGGUUUGGGCACUACAGAGAAAUCUGACACCACCUGUUUAAAUUUCUGUGUGUCAGAGUACCCUGCUAUCAUAAGAGCCGAUUACAGCCCUACAGGUGCAUUCUCUGCACAGCCUGAUGAGAACUGCACAGGCUUAAUCCACAUCCUUCUCUAUGGUGAACUGUAAUAUUUUGAAAAUGGGACUUGCUGGUCCUGUUUGUCCCUAGCUGUCACACUGCUACAAUAUUAAUGCCCUAAGUAUAGCACCCGUCAGCCAGGCACCAUGUUCCCUGUUUUCUUAGUUUGGAAAAUAAG